CAAGUUUUUAAUUAUCUCGAGACUCAGAAAGAUUUCUAUAAUUUUACCCUCGUAAACUCUCAAUGGAACAUUGCAUCGUCACCUUACUUAUACCGGGCACCAAAACCAUCAACAUCAAAAGCAAUUGAAAGAUGCAAACAAACACUCAUACAUGCUAAAGAAAAGAAAGCUUUUCUUGCAUAUAAUGAAAUGGUACGAGAAUGGGUCAUAGACUUAGCAAUUCGUGACGCAAAAAUAGAUUGUGUGAUAGCAGAUUGUUGUCCAAAUAUUGAAAAGUUUUCGUGCAGUAGCGAAAUUAAGAAUGCAAAUGAAUACCCUGCGCUGGCCAUUACCCUAAUUAAACAUUGGAAAGGCUUAAAAUCGAUAUCAUUAUAUCAUGACAGUGGAAACGAUACAACUUUGGAAUCGAUUUCGACAAAUUGUACAGCAAUAGAAGAAUUAAUUCUUGUAAAUUGUAAAACAACUGAUGUUGGAUUUGGUGAGGUCGUAAAGGCUUGUAAAUUAAUCAAAAAGAUUCGGUUGGUACAAUGUACAGAGAUUACAGACGAAAGUUUAACUGCAAUAUCUAAGUCAUGUAGAUAUUUAACUCAUUUAGAGUUAAAAGAUUGUAUAAAUUUUACUGAUAAAGGAAUUUAUGCGAUUUCCAAUCCUACUACUACUCGAAAACUUCGAAUGCUUUUCCUAGAAGGUCUAAAUAUUAAAGAUUCUCUUUUAGCAUUGGCCGAGCACACAAAGGUGCUUCAAGGACUUUCUCUAAAGAGAUUGGAAAACCUAAAUGAUGAAAUUAUUUCAACUUUUGGAAAAAAUUCGUCAAAAACUCUUAAACAACUUCGUAUUUAUUCGUGUAGAAGGGUGAAAGGAUGGGGCAUUAAAGAAUUUAUUGGCAUUGAAGAUUUGUCAUUAUUGAUGGAUUACAUUAAUUUUGAAGAGUUUGAAGAAAUUUGUGAGUAUUGUAGUGCAAUUGAAAAUUUUACUUUGGAUGUUAGGAGGAUCAUAGAAACCAAUCAUACUUUGGAUAUUGUGGGCGCAAUAUCACGGUUAAAAAAUCUUAAAUCAUUGGCUAUUUUUUGUGGAAGAAAAUUUUCUGAUGAAAAUCGUCGUCUUCUUGAAAGACAUUGCUCGAAAUUGAGAAAAAUUAAUUUUUGA